AUGGUAAAACCAGUUAAAAUUGGUGUAGAUGCAAAAGUUGAAAAGACAAAAUCAGCAACAGCUGCCAGACAUCAUGAAUUUCAAAUGAAUAAAAGUUAUGGUCAACAUUUGUUAAAGAAUCCAUUAAUUAUUGAUGCAAUUGUAGAUAAAUCACAACUUAAAUCAACAGAUACAGUACUUGAAAUUGGUCCAGGUACUGGUAAUUUAACAAUGAAAUUAUUAGAAAACUGUAAAAAAGUUAUUGCUAUUGAAGUUGAUCCACGUAUGGCUGCUGAAUUACAAAAAAGAGUUGCCGCUUCACCAUAUGCACAACAUCUUCAAAUUAUAUUAGGUGAUUUUUUAAAAGUUGAUCUACCAUACUUUGAUGUUUGCGUAGCAAAUGUUCCAUAUCAAAUUUCAUCACCAUUAACAUUUAAAUUAUUAGCACAUAGACCAAUUUUUAGAACAGCAGUACUUAUGUUUCAAAAGGAGUUUGCACUUCGUUUAGGAGCAAAACCAGGUGAUAGUUUAUAUUGUCGUUUAUCAGUUAAUACACAAUUAUUAUCAAAAGUAACACAUUUAAUGAAAGUAGGUAAGAAUAAUUUCCUUCCACCACCAAAAGUUGAGUCAGCAGUAGUUAGAAUUGAACCAUUCAAUCCACCACCACCAAUUAAUUUCGUUGAAUGGGAUGGUUUAGUUAAAUUAUGUUUCUCUAGAAAAAAUAAAACAUUAUCAGGUAUUUUCAGAGUUAGUAGUGUAAUUGAAACUUUAAAUCAAAAUUAUAAAACUUAUUGUGCUUUAGAAGGUAAAAUGAAUACUGAUGGUUCUGAUGAACAAAUGAAAGAAUUAAUCAUUAAAACUUUAACUGAUAAUGACUUUUUAGAUUCACGUUCUUCAAAAUUAGACAUUAAUGAUUUCUUAAAAUUAUUAAAUAAAUUUCAUGAAACUGGUAUUCAUUUCAAAUAA